CAUACGCGGGUCAUAAACGAUCCGCGGCCAUAGUAGAGGUGCACGCGCGAGAAUCGAUCCGAAUCGCCGGUGAUAAACGCAUCUCCCGCGAGGCGAUCGUCGCGCGCCGCGUCGCCGCCGAGCGAUGAGUUCCAAGUUCAUCAUCGAUAGCAUGCUCCCGAAAUACCAUCAGCAGUUCCAUCACCAGAAUUUGUUCGCGGGUGCUGGAGCGUCGCCUAUAGAGGCGUCGCUAUCAUCAUCGCUAUCGUCGUCGUUGUCGACGUCGCUGUCGUCCUCGCUGUCUGGCGGGCUAGGUGCGGCGACACUGGGGGCAGGCUCACCGGGCGCCGGUAGUCCACAACGCUCCUCUUCUUCAUCGUCGGCGUCUCCGGGGGCGCCGGCGAGGAUGUAUCCAUACGUGUCGCAUCACCAGCAGUUCGGGGGGUCAGUGCCAUUUUCGGCGGGCGGGGGGCUGUCAUCUGACGAAAAAAGCUGCCGCUAUCCAGCUGCUGUUGGAGGAGAUCCGAUGGUGAAUUACGCGUUGGGACAACAUAAUGGAGGCGCAGCGGUGUCGGCGGCAUCGGCAAGCAUGGCGGCUGCAGCACAGUUCUACCACCAGGCGGCGGCGGCUUCUGCAGCCUCAGCAGCAUCGGCAGCAUCCGUGGACGCCAUGGGAGCAGCUUGCUCACAGCCAUCAGCCCAACCGCUGCCAGAUAUCCCGCGUUAUCCGUGGAUGUCCAUCACUGAUUUUCCAUUUCCAGAUUGGAUGAGCCCCUUCGACCGCGUGGUCUGCGGUGAGUUCAAUGGGCCAAAUGGAUGUCCACGACGGCGGGGACGGCAGACUUACACGAGGUUCCAAACACUAGAGCUAGAAAAGGAAUUCCACUUCAACCACUAUCUGACGCGCCGACGCAGGAUAGAGAUUGCACAUGCGCUGUGCCUCACAGAAAGGCAAAUCAAGAUAUGGUUCCAGAACCGGCGCAUGAAAUUAAAGAAAGAACUUCGUGCCGUGAAGGAGAUAAACGAGCAAGCCCGCAGGGAGAGAGAAGAGCAGGACAGAAUGAAGCAACAGCAACAGGAGAAGCAGGCCAAGCUCGAAGGCCAGCAUCAUGGCCACCACGUCACCCACCAUCACGACCCCAUGAAGAUGCCGAUCGACAAAGGCUCCAACGACCUUCUUAAAGUGAACAAGGUCCCCACGUAAGGCGCUUGGGCCAGCGCAUAGGAAAUCCUGACUGAUUCUGUAUCAUAUAGUGUGAAUACAUGAAUGGAAAUGUUGCGUCCAUACGGACCUGCGGGCAGCGUUAGUCGUUUCGUAUCCACUAGUUUUUAUGUUUUGCGGCUGGAUUUUGUGUCGCCUCGUUGUGGAGGCAGUGACUUUGUUUUUGUAUAAUGUUCCUUUAGUGCGAAGGAUUUGCCUCGGUGUCGUUCGCCCGGUGGACAGGCUGGUGAUGUGCUUUAAGCAUUUAUUUUGUUGCCAUAACCACACCUUGUAUUGCAAUAAUAUUUUACUAAAAUUUUACAAAAGCGUUAGAAUCGCUAUAAGAUUUUACAUAGAAACCUGAGUGAAUUUCGGUAUUGUUAGUUAAGAUUUUAAAUCUGUGAAUCUCAUAGUAUUUAUUGCUACCACUUACUCUAAUCUAUUAUGUUAUAUUUUUUUAAUUAAUAGAUAUUAUAUUAUGUACAUUUUGAUGUAUAUUUUAUUAUUUGUCCACUUUUAGUGGACUGGUUAUGAAAGGUCACAUUAUUUUAUGAUUGUACAAUUUGUUGUAUUUUGUCAGUUGAUUUCAGAAGAGAUACUUUUAUAUUUUUGACCACAUUGAGUUCAGUAGUUAAGUUCAUAAAUUGUUGUUUGAUUUGAUUUUCUUUUAUUUUGAUAGUAUUACUGUUUUCGGUUCAUGAUAAAAAUACAUAACUGAUUAAAACGUGUAUAUUUAAAGAAAAACAAAAUACGUAUGGAAGUACAAUUGCAAAUAGGUGUUUGUCAUGACGAAAUUUGUUUUAUAUUUUCAGUCAGGACUUAAAAAUUAAUAUUAAAAUUAAGCGGUAUUUUUUGAUAACUCUAGUUAAAGAAAUACCAUGUCCAGAUAAUCACAAGAACAGACCUCGAAUGAUAUGAACAAUAAUAAAUGGAUAAGAAUUGCAUACGGUGCGUUGUCCAUUAAAAUUCCCAAGUCAUCUAAGUUCAAAAUUAUAUACGUAACGAUGAUACAUAUAAUAAAAAUACAAUAAUGUGACUAAAUAUAAAUUUUACACUUAAUAUAAAGUUGAGUAGUUUAAGUGUAUCAUAAAUAGAUAUUAUAGGUUCGACUUUGUAUGAAGUAUUGCUAAGUCUAGAUUCGUAAACGGUGUAUGCUGGAAUAAACAGUGGUCACACGCUACUUUUACAUUAUAUCAUUUUCGUGUUCGUUGAAGUACAAGUUAUUGCAUAGUUUUACAUUGAGAGUCCUACCAAUAUAUGCGAUUAACAACAUACAGAAGUAGUGAACAAAAGCUUGGUUUUUCACAUUCAAUACGCAUUUCUAGUAGCGAUGUAAGAAAAUCUCAUAUAGGUACAUAAAGGUGGGUAUCCAUUAGGUUGGCGCGCCAACUCUGCUCCGCGCAUCUGUAGUCGCUCAAAUGGACACGUUACGCUCAUCACUAAAAAAACCAAGUGCUCCAUCGGUUUGCGCAUCGACUCCGCUCCGCGUACCCGCAAUUGCUCCACAGUUUUCAUUAGAACGUUGAGCGAACACGAAUGUUGCUUUGCUCGCGUCCACUAACAUACUACGCUCCGUUUUGUGUUCGCGCAAAAACCGUCAACUGCGGAGCGCUCUUCGCAGAGCGUGAAACGUUGCCAUCAACGUUACCUGCGGACGUAUCCACUAAUGGAGUGCAGUGUUGCAGAUGCGCGGAGCACAGUUGGUGCGUGAACCUAAUGGAUACCCACCUUUAGACAACAUCACAUACGUUGCUCUGAUCCCAAAGGAAGUAACUAUAGCACUUGUGUUGUGAAAUCGGAAAAACAACGGUAUCACAAACACUCAUACCCGAGACAAUAUAGAAAAGUUAGUUUCUGCAUUGUCCCGGUCGGGGAUCGAACCAGGGACCUCAGAGAUGGUGACACCAUAAAAAUCGGUGCGCAAGCCACUCGAUCAAGGAGGUCGUUAAAUAGUUAUAAUAUCUACGUAUAUUAGAGUUCAAUGUAUUCCUUAAAAGGAUUUUUGUAAGCACAACGAUUGCUAUUCACAAAGGCGAGGCGUUCGCACUAUUCUCGGUCACGAUUAGCAAUUGGAUCCUCCGCUUACUGGAUCAUCUGCAAUCAUUUUGGAACAAACGCGAUGUUUAAGGGAUUGAAUAGUGGCAUAUUUCUUUUUGAAACCAUAUUGUGCCAAAAUAUUGUAAAAAUAAUUUAGCAAUACACCUGUGACCCUCGUUAUUCACCGCGUCGCAAUUUGCAACUAUAAAUGUUAAACAAAUUUCUUUCUUCAAUACGUAAUAACUGAACAAAUGUUAGAAAUUUAAAAGUUAGUCUUGUUAGUCACCAUUAUACGUAAAUUAAUGUCAGGGUAGAGUUAACGAAGUAAUAAAUAAAUAACUGUAUUGAAUUGGAAAGUCUUUGCUUAAUUUUUGAUAAAUCAUCUUGCAACAUCUGUCCACUGUAUUAUUCAGAUUUAUUGUACAACUGUAGCUGUAUUGUUACAGAAAUAUUUAUGUCGUGAUAUCAUUAGCAAGAUUUUAAAAAUAGUAAUAAGUGUCAUUUUUCGUCUUAUAUCGUUUAGCAUUUAUAUAUUUA